CACGACUAAGGUGCAGAAGAAUAAAGCGACGAUGUAAGAUGUGGUGCAAGGGGAGAAUCAGCUUGCUUAAGGCCCAGCUGCAACAAGGUGAGAUCCCCUCGUUUACGGAACCAGAGUCAAAUUCUAUUGAAGACCGGGCCAACAUGGGUAAUCAACUGGGCAAGAUCCAUCAGCUGAGCACCAGUGGCCUGCAGGAGGUGAAGAAGCAAGUGGUGCUCAGAGGCAAGAUGAGCAAAUCGCUGAAUGAUAUCUUCCAGUGUGCGGAAGAGCAUUUCGACAGCGAGCCCGACUGCGUGAAGAACAAUGCCAAGAUGACGCUCCACUGGAACGGGGAAUCGCUGGUGUUCGUGUCCGGCAGAGGGGAAUGUGAAAUUGACGUCUUGUAUAAACAGGGCUCUGAGAAACCCAGUUAUGACAUUGUCUCAGAUAGCCUGAAUAACUUUCUAGAGAGGAUGUCGGCUGGCCUGAAUGUCCUGAGCCUCGCAAACCUGGAAGAAGCCCGUUGGAGUCUGGAUGUCUGGGAGGAGACACCCAAGAGUCUGAAAACCUGCUUUGACCGCGCCAUCUGGCACUUCCAGAAGGAGCCUGCAUGCGUGCAGGAGAACGCGAAGCUGGUGAUCCAGAGCAGCGGGAGAAAUCUGCCGUUCAUCUCUGGGGAGGGCGAAUGUGAGAUCAGCGUGUCCUACAGCAAUGGGAAACCGGUCUACACCGUCCAUGAGCCCACAGGGGAGGUUUAUCUGGCACGGCUCGGCACCCGCCCCGCACCUCUGAGCAAACCAAGCCUGGAGUCGGCUCAGAAUAAGUUGAAGUUUUUGGAGUGA